AGCCGAAAGAAGAAGAAGAUAUUCUCAUAAUAUUUACAAAAUAUCUGUAUUCAUACUAUUCUAGCAUUGUCAUAAUAGUUACAAGAAUGGAGAAGGACACGUACUGGAAGGUUGAUAGUGGAAGGAAUGUGUAAAGAGAAAGAUACUAGAGGGAAGAAAUGAUGAGAACCGAGAAAAUGGGGUGUUGACUGAACAGAAAGAGAGAUGGGGAGCAAGAAGCAGAGCUUGUUGCUCUUUGAUUUCAGCAUAGUUUGGAAAAAUGACUGACAGCAGACAGAGGGUAUCAUACAUUGCUGGGUUUCAUUGUCCAGCAGGAGGUUUGUCUGUAGGAAAAACGCAGAUCAUCUGUCACAGAUAUGAGAUCUAUAUGUGCAAUGGAACAGAAUUCUGCUAUAUUUAUGACAGACAAAAACUGACUUUAAAGGCUGUGUAUCGAUUUCCUAAUGUGGUUUGGCGACUCGAGCUGAAACCAAACUGUAAUCAUUUGUAUACCUUGUGUGCUUCAGAUGGAAUCUAUUGUGUAUCUCUAAACCCGGAAAAAAGGCUGAUCAGGGAGGCAGAUUCUGAGGCUGAAGGUGCCUUUGUUCCUGUUGUCAUCCCAAUAGACCUCACAUGCUGUGUUGUAAAGGAUUCAGACAUCACUGCCUUCAUCAUUGUGGAUGAAACCAUUGUUGCUGUGGCUAAGGUUCAACACAGUUGGAGAAUCAAAUUUUUUAAAAGAUCAGAUUUGGAAGCGACUCAGAAAUAUGAAAGAUAUGAUGAUGUGGAAAUUUCAAUUGUCCAAAGAACAAGACCAGUUUCACUUAGUAGUGGAACAGAUGACAAUGAUGAAUUGCUUCCAGUGUUAUACUGUGUUUAUCCCCCAGCUGCUAACAUACUUACUGAGUCUUGUCACAGCAAUGAGAGAGCCAUCCUUGAAACAUCUCUCUUCAGCCUUCUGUUUGGUGUUGAUGCGACCAUGCUUCGCACUCCUGUGAUUCUGUGUGGUUUCCCUGAUGGACAGUUCUGCUGCUUGCCAUUGAAACGUCACAGCUCAUCUGUCAUGUCAUAUGGUCCCUCAGAAGUCAGUAACUGUAAGACCUGUGUAGUAGUACUUCAUCAGCUUGAGCAGCCUGUCAUUUUUAUCCAAGCGCAGAGGACUAACCAACAUGUACAAGAAACUGAUGAACGUGCACAGAAUGAGGCUGGUGUAAACUGCAACUGUAUUGUUAUAGUUGGUCAUCAUGGCCGAAUGGUGGUUAUCAAAGCGAGCAAUAAAUCAGAGAUGCAGGUGCCUGACUUCAGGCAGUAUCACCUUGGCCAGUCUCCCAUCCUGUGUGGCUGCUGUGUUGGUUCAUACCUUUAUUACAGUACAUCCUCAGAGCUGUGCAUGCUGGAGCUGGUCUGUCAGAAGGAUUCACAAGAUUCUGAAGACAGUAUCCAAAGCGGAGAUUUGCCACUCUCCUUGUUUCCUGCCAGCCUAAAUAUUUGCAGUGUCGUCAACCUUACUGUCUCAUCCAUUACAUCGGAGGGAGAUACAGAGUUUGUGGCUUUGUCUACUGCUGGCAGGUUGAUGGUGUGCAGAUUACCAAGGUGCCCUGAUAAAGGUCGUUGUGACACUCUGACAGCUGUAAAAGCAAGCCAGAAGAUCAAAGAAUUACUUUCUGGGAUAGGCAGUGUUUCCGACAGAGCCACUUCAGUGAGCAAGACUAUCCAGCAGAAGAACAAAGCCCUUGCACAUCUGAACCAAGUGCUGAAUGUGAUCUCUUUGGUAUUGUCUAGCCAGAAGAGCCUUGGAGAAGGGGAGCAGCAAUGCAGACAGCCUAUUGGCUGCUGUGUCUCCACUAAAUGGAACAGAUUGCUGCGGCAGGAUUCUUUGAUCAUCUGCUGUAGCUUGGAGAACUUCAGUGGCUUCACCUUGGAAGAAGGCUGGACCCUUUCUAUUCAGCUUUUAACUGGCUCUGACUCCACUAGCAUGGCUGCCACAUCCUCUUUUCCAGUUAAUAAACUUAUUUCAGGAAGCAAAAUGGAGGUGACUGUCCCAUUGCAUUUUGGGAAAAAUGGCCAGCUGACAUUGCCUGUCAAGGUCCAGUGUAUUCUCUUUUACAGUUUCACAGAAAUUCUGGAAAAACACAAUCUGCCAGCUACUGAAAGUCAGAUAUUAAAUGGAGAAGGUACCUGUAUAAUUCUAAAUGAAUACAAUAUUGACUUGCUUCAUUGCCUUCAUUUGUCUUGCAGUACAGUUUCUGAAACUGCAGUUCCAGAUUAUGGCUUUCCUGCACAUCCGGUAGAAGUAUUCUUGAAGUCUUCUCAAAAUCUUCUUGGGCAAAACAGCAAGACAGCUGAUAAAACACAAGUUUAUGGACCUGAUAGUACUAUAGAAAGAAACCCUGUAGGUCCAUUUGUUGCAUCCAUCAAAGUUUCUUGUAACCUUCUAGAAGAUGUGCUGAAGGACUGCAGUUCAGGAAGUAACCCAAACUGCGUCGUUCUGCUGUGGUUGAUGUCUGACAAUGCUGAAGUAGAAACAGUAAAAGCAUUGAAAGUGCCAGUUGUAUGUGGCACUACUCCAGACAGGAGUAACGUUCGCCUCCUUGCCAAAAAGGUUAGUUUAAUGGAUCUCUGCUUUGAAGGCCCUAUCAGUGCAUUUGAAAUUCAUCUAGAAUGUGCUUCUUUGUCUGCUCUUUGCCACCUUCACUGUGCCAUUAUUGGACGUAUUCGGAACAUUUUAAAGCACCGGGAUACUCACUGCAGUCCACUGCCUAAUGUUAGAGUCCAGCACCUACAAGAACUCCAGAACCAGAAUGAGAUUCUGUUGAAGAAAGUGCAAGCCCUUCGUGAUCACUUGUGUCUGGGGAUGGUGACUAGUUCAAGUGAAACUACAGAGAAGCUUCUCAUGAUAUACCAGGAAAUUCGAAAUUUUAACCUGGUCAUCCUUUAGAUGAAUGAUGUUUUGAGCACACACAUCUGUGUAUAUUUCACAUAACACCCAAAAGCUGUGCAGUAAUUAGUACAGACAGUGGUUAUACUGUUCUCUUAUUACUGUGAUAAGUGAACCAGACCGUUCCUUCUACAGCCCAGAUUGUCUCUGUAGAGCUGCUCUUUGUUUAAUGUUACAUUCCUGACUCUUUUGACAUUGAAUAAAAACUGCUAAGCAUUAUUGUAUUCAUAAGUCUGCUUGUUAGAGAUAAGAUAUUAAAACUGUUAAUGUAUAUGUCGCAAGUUCUCUUGACAUUUUUGAGUGUCUUAACAUUGCAAGACUUUGUUUACUUUAAAACAAAAUGGCCCUAGCAUAUGGGAUUUUUUUAUUUACUUAAUUUUGUUAGAGAAUGACCACUUGGCCAUAUCGGAGUUUGUGUAAUAAAUACUUUAUAUGUUU